GUAAUGAUGCUUGUUUUAUUUUUGCAUAUGUAUACUUUUUAAUUCAAGCAUUAAGUCAUUUGAAAACCUGUAGCUGGAAGGUGGGUUAUUUCACAUUCUUGUUAACAUUUGGCAGUGAAGUGGAAGUACAGAUUUAUUGUUGUUGUCCCCUAUAUCACAUAUGGUCCAAUCGCUACAUGUACGACUCAACAUUAUUCAAGAAUUUAUGAGACAUGCGCAUAAAUGGUUAUUCAUUCUUGAAUUGCCUUCGUCAUUCAAAGGUUAAUCAGGAGCUUUUCGGUAAUUUGGACUGUCCUUCCCAAGAUGCAGUCAUUUUAAUCUGCUCUGCUGUGUUUGCCUUAUUUGCGCAUGGCUGGGAGUGACGUCACACCUGUGACGUGUCAGGUGUGUGUCAGGUAGUGGUGGUGGUGGGUUUUUUCCACGACGGGGUGUGUAUACUAGAGUGGAGUGUAGUAUAAUAGAGUAUAGUAUAGGGGCAGUGGUGGUAGUGGGAGUGAAAAAAAAGAGGCAAAACGUCGGCUUGUAAAGUCGAGUGGGACAGCUCGAAAAGAGCUCUUUGUCGCCCAAAACGAACCAAUGGGUGAGCGGGAUUUGCCCCCAAAACGGACCAAUGGACGGCCCCCAAAACGGACCUAUCCGCGCGCGAGAAUGGUUGGAGAUGGAGAUGGAAAUCAUACAGGUGAAGGGAAGAAGAAGAAGCCGUUUACCUGCAUGAUGUGCGCCAGGGACUUCAGUCGGUGGGACGACUGGCUGCGUCACCAGCAGACGCACCACCACCCCUCACCACCAUGCACACCACCAACCCCAGAAAAAAGGGUUCACCUGCCCAACCUGCGGGCGGGCGUUUUCCCGACGGGAGCAUUUGGUGCGCUGCCAGCGGGAGCAUGGAAAAAAACAACGAGCGUGUGUGCGAUUGCCUGUGGUAAAACUUUUUACCGAUUGUGGGACUGGCGUGUCCAUCAACGUGGGGAACAGGGCCAGGAGCCGCUUUCAUCGCUACAACAACAGCAGUCAGAAAAGCAGAAAUUGUAAGUGCAUCUCCUGAAGAGUAAGCCCAAACGCGGCGUCUUCAGAUAGCGUUCGGAUUUGUCACUGAUUCCUUACAGCCAUGGUCGAUCCCAGAAUCAAGCCUAUAGUAAUCAAGGCGGGUGUGGUCACCAGGUCAUCCAUGGUUGAUCACAUGAUCUGUUGGAAGCGUUCCACAGGUGGGUCGGGGUGGUCGGCAUAGCUGGCAUAGCAUGGAGCUGUUGGAGCUGCUCCACUCGACUUUACAAGCCGACGUUUUACUCCUUGUCGCGCUCAUUGGUCUGUCUUGGACGUCGCAGUGCGAAAGUUUGCCUGGAACAUGAUAAGCUGUUCUAGAAGACAAUGCAGAAGCUAGAACCACGCGAAAACAAAAUUUGUUUUUUCUAUUUUUGAAUAUUACACAGGACAAUGCCUGUUGUCAAAUCGAUGUCAGCGAUAGUAGAUUGGAUUCGGGUCAUUUUCAAUCACCCAGAUAGUUGGUAUAGCCGAACACUCACUGAAGUAUAAACACAUGCCAUAUUUCGUACUAUGAAUGGUUCAAUUUUCGAUACUUGAGACUCGCAGGUGAACUGCUUUUCGCAGUGGCACAGCGAGUGCUGCAUAACCGUAUGCCUCCAAGUUAUCAGCUUAUUUUUUCACCUAUAUGUUGCCUUACACGUUUCUGUGGUCAUAUUCUUUGGAUUUGGUGUCUUUUCUAUGUACAUUGGAAUAAAACAAUAAUUAUUGGACAUCAUAGAUGGCGCUGUAGGGCUCUUCUCACAUUUCGUACUAUGAACAGUUCAAUUUUCGAUACUUGAGACUCACGGGUGAACUGCUUUCGCAGUGGCACAGCGAGUGCUACAUAACCGUGCCCCUCCAAGUUAUCAGCUUAUUUUUUUACCUAUAUGUUGCCUUACACGUUUCUGCGGUCAUAUUCUCUGGAUUUGAUGCCUUUUCUAUGUAAAUUUGAAUAAAACAAUAAUUAUUGGACAUCAUAGAUGGCGCUGUAGGGCUCUUCUAAGUCCACGCACGUGCGUGGCAAAGUCCAGUUUGCCUACUUCUAGUUCGUCAGCAGUGGGACCAGCAGGGUGGAGUAGGGUGUAGGUAUGGCGUCCGCGGAGGAGGCUUUGCCACGUCGUGUGACCCGGGAGCCAAACGAAGCCUUGCUGAACCUUACGGCGAGAACAGGAUACACCAUACGGCGAGAAAAACGGGAAAGAAAGUACGGCGGUCCACCUCCCGACUGGGAAAGCCGGGCUCCUUUAAAGGAUUGUGGAAUUUUCGUCGGAGGUAUUCCAAAAGACUGUUACGAAGACGAGCUCGUUCCAGUAUUUGAGAAGAUAGAAAAGA